CCAACGUCAGCAUCCGAGCAGCAGUUCAACAGCCGACGUGGAUUACGUGGAGUCGAAGCGAAUCGAAGACUGGCCGACCCAUUGCACGCAGUGUUUACGCCGAGCUGACAGCUUUGACCUGGUCUUCUUCAUCUAAUUUCGUUUCCACUUCUGCAAGAGCUCAGCCAUGGAUCAAGUUUUGGCCUUCCUUGAGCCCGGCCGCCAGUUCUCCAAAGACUCCAUCCGCUUGGUCAAAAGGUGCACCAAGCCCGACAGAAAGGAGUUCCAAAAGAUUGCUGUGGCCACUGCCAUUGGAUUCUGCUUAAUGGGAUUCAUCGGCUUCUUUGUCAAGCUCAUCCACAUUCCCAUCAACAACAUCAUUGUGUAA